AUGUCUAUCACAAUUUCAACAGAUUUUAAAAUUCCUUUUACUACGUUUGAAACAGUUGUGGAGACCAUGGCUGAUUCACAAGCAAACGACAAUACUACGUGUGUAGUAUGCUUCAAGACGGUGGUGUACUACUCUAUUGGAGAGUGUGACCAUCCUGUAUGCUUCGAGUGCUCCACUCGUAUGAGGGUCCUGUGUGUACAAAACGAAUGCCCUAUUUGUCGUCAAGAUCUUGCAAAGGUGGUCUUUACCGAAACUAUAAAACCCUAUAAGGAGCUACGGAAUAAAGUGUUCACUGAUAGACUCUUUGAGAGACAGUUCAAAAUAGGGUUCUGCAGUGAAGAAAUUAAGAGAGCUUAUGAAAUACUGCUAGAAAAUCAAUGUAAACUCUGCGAUAACAUACCACCGUUCCGUACUUUCAAUAUGCUAAGUGAUCACAUGAGAAAGGUGCAUGAGAGAUACUUCUGUGACCUCUGUGUUAAGCAUUUGAGGAUUUUCACCAGUGAAAGAAAGUGCUACACUCGUCAGGAGUUGGCUCAUCACCGGCGAAAAGGCGAUCUUGAUGAUACAUCACAUAGAGGCCACCCUCUUUGUGAGUUCUGUGAAGAGCGCUUCAUGGACGCUGACGAGCUGUAUCGUCACUUACGAAAGGAACACCUCUAUUGUCACCUGUGCGACGUGGAUGGACGUAACCUUUACUACCCGUCGCAUGCGACUCUUGCGCAUCACUUCCGGACCGAGCAUUUCCUCUGCGAGGAGGGCGAGUGCGCGGGACAGCAUCUUACCGCUGUUUUCCGAAGCGAAAUUGAUCUCAAAGCCCACAAGGCAACGGUACAUGGACGAGGUAUGAAUCGCGGAGCGGCCAGACAGGCGCGGACCUUGGAGCUUCAAUUCAACAUUACACCACACCCAACAGCUGUCGUCCAGAGAGUCACUAGAGAAAGGAUUGAGCGAUCUCCUUCACCUCCGCCCGCUCCAGUCGCCCCCCGCAUUGACCCAGCCAGCGAUGAGCAGUUUCCGAGGUUGUCCGCCGCUGCGCCCGCUCCACCGCAGCUCAUUGCUGGAGCCGCGCGUCUUUAUAGAGGUUCGGAUGGCCUAGCACGUACUGAACAGAACUUCCCAGCGUUAGACGGCUCCGGAACAUCCCGUCCUUCCGCUCCUAAGGCUAAUGGACCAGUCACAGCUGCUGUGCUUAGAAAUUCAAAACAUCCCUCUGUGUCCAUUCAAGUUCAUAGCCAGCCAGCCAGCGCUAGCAACUUUCGUUUGACUCAGACUAGCGGUAACCGCAUCACGAUUCCCCAAAAGAAGCAGCCUUUGAAUGACGAUGACUUCCCGUCUCUUUCUAGAGAUGAUCAUCCCAGCAUUGGGGCUGGGACUGUCCAACCUGCUAAGGUAACACUGGUAAACAGUGACGAAAUGAGAUCCUUGAAAGCCAGUCAGCCAAGCAGGCAUCCCAAAAAGCAGGCUCUCAACAGCGAAGCCUUUCCCGCACUAAGUUCCUCUACAUCGCCCGCCGCCCCACCUCAAUGGAUUACAGUCAAAUCCAAAGACAAAGCCAAGUCCCGCACUCAAGAGCCAGUUACCCCGCCUAAACCAACAUUCAACCCGGUCGCUGAUUUCCCUACAUUACCGGUCAAUUCUAAAGCUAAAAAGAAACAGUCCCAACCUCAGACCUCGCCUCAACCGCAGAUUCAAAAACCACAGGCACCAAAAUCCCAGACACAAAAACCACAGACGCCAAAACCUCAAACACAACCCGCUCCCCCGACGUCGAACAAUCAAAGCGAGAAGAGCAAAAAGAAGAAGAACGGAAAGAAAGAAAUUGUAGAACCGGUAGAGAACGGCGUUGCAAAUGAAUAUAUAGUCGCCAGCGUGAACAGCAACAACAGCAGCGGUGAAUCCGAUAGAAAAAUCAAAACUGUAUCAGACGUACCCGUUAACGCUAGCACGCGCGGAAACGGAGACUUCGCUCUAAAAUCCCAAGAGUUUCCGUCGCUGAAUCCGAAAUCGGGAGACCCGCCGCUAAUUUCGAAACCGGUUUCUGAACCGGUUAGUAAAGUGUUAAAAGAUCCGGUCAAAGUGAAGAAUAUGAACGGGACAAUACCACCCGGUUAUAAAAAGCGGCCUCCGUGUGACGGAAUGACGUUUACGAAUUCCGCUGGACAAACGUUCCCGGCGCCGGUGCAUAAGUAUAUACCGCCGACGGAUUUUGAGAAGCGAAAUCACGCGCUGGUCAAGAAGUUUGCUGCCGCCCUUGGCACGGGCGCUGCUGUUGAGGAUUUCAAGGUCGCCUCCCGGGCGUUCCGAGAUAGCAUUAUAAGCGCGGACGAAUUUUACCAGCACUGCAAAACGGCCCUCGGCAACAAAUUCGACGAUGUGUUCCCGGAGCUCGUCGCCCUUCUACCGGAUAUAGCGAAGCAGCAGGAAUUAGUCGUGGGGAAGAAUAUACCUGCUCUGGACGUGUGUUCCACUUGCGGACAAGUUAUAGCAGCAUCUGAUUCCAUUGCGCAUGACACCGCCCAUUGGCCCCCUCUCUCUGCGCGUUAG